AUGACUCUCAGACGAUCUAACCGGUUGUCGUAUUUUGUGGUGACUGUGGCUCUACCACGUAUUAUCCACUCUUUGCCCCUCGCUCGUCGCGAUGCCCAUCUUUUACAUGAAGGUGAUGGAACAGUCGACCCUAACCGUAACACGUACCUGUUCAUCUCUGCUUUGUUGGUUUUACUAGGUGGUGUUUUCGCCGGUUUGACUCUCGGGCUUAUGGGCCAGGAUGAAAUCUAUCUGAAAGUUAUCAGCAGCUCUGGUACCGCCCAGGAGCAGCGGCUAUCACGGAAAGUCUUGGCGCUGAUAAAUCGUGGUAAGCACUGGGUACUAGUGACUUUGCUUUUAUCCAACGUUAUCACCAACGAAACUCUGCCGAUUGUGCUGGAUCGAUGUUUAGGUGGCGGUUGGCAAGCUGUGUUUUGCUCAACGGUCUUAAUUGUCAUCUUUGGUGAAAUUAUCCCUCAGAGUAUAUGUGUGAAAUACGGGUUGGAAGUGGGGGCGUUCUUUGCCCCCUUUGUGCUAGUGCUUAUGUAUCUGAUGUACCCUGUGGCGUAUCCGAUCGCUUCUUUACUAGAUUAUAUGCUUGGAGAAGAUCACGGUACUAUGUACAAGAAAUCGGGGCUCAAGACUCUGGUGACUUUGCACCGUACUAUGGGCGGUGUAGAGAGGUUGACUCACGAUGAAGUGACUAUCAUUUCUGCAGUGCUUGAUUUGAAGGAGAAAAAAGUUAAGGAAAUUAUGACGCCUAUUGAGAACGUCUUUACCAUAAGCGCGGAUACUGUCUUGGAUGAAAAACAUGUUGCGGAGAUUUUCGAUUCAGGUUUUUCACGUAUUCCCAUCUAUUUGCCCAAUGAACCUACAAAUUUCAUCGGGAUGUUACUUGUGCGAAUUUUGAUCUCUUACGACCCAGAGGACUGUUUGCCCGUUUCCCAUUUCCCAUUGGCUACUUUACCGGAAACUUCUCCAAACACUUCGUGUUUGAAUAUCCUGAAUUAUUUUCAAGAGGGCAAAUCGCAUAUGUGUGUGGUGAGUGAGGAGCCGGGCUCUUCAAUGGGAGCUCUUGGAGUUCUCACGCUCGAAGACGUUAUCGAAGAAUUGAUCGGUGAAGAAAUUGUCGAUGAAUCGGAUGUUUUUGUCGAUAUUCAUCAAAAGAUUAUGCGUGCGCAACCGGGACCACUGAGUAAGAGACAUAUUACUUCGUAUUUGCACCAUUUGUACACGGACAGAACUAAGGAUGAUCCUCAGGGCAAAUCUUCCCCAAGUCAUGCGCUCUCCCCACAGGAUUCGGAAGCUCAUACUCCUCAAACUCUCGAACCACAUCAAUUGGCGAUGCCUUCGAAUCCUGCUUCUAACCCUCUAGAUGUUAAAAAACCCUACGUUACUAUCAAGAAACCUAGUAAUAGGCUAUCGAAAGCAGAUGAGAACUUGUACAACAAGCACUUGGAUAUGUCACAGAGAGCUAUAGAUUUCACAAACAUGACUGGCCAACCGUCUCAGGUCACUUCCAGAACAAGCCCCGCACCAAAUGCAGAUGAUGACAAUGAUGAUUAUUCUUCAUCUCAUUCAAAGCGACAACCAGUGAUGAUCUCUUCCUCUUAUAAAUCCACCAAGAAUGGUAUCGUCGAGUCCGUGAUCACUGUCAAAGGUGUACCAAAGACUAUCAUCGAACCGGCAAAUAGCUGGGAUGAAAAUUCAAGACUCGUUACACCAGAUCACACCGGAAGUUACGUCGAGGACUCCAUACACGGCCCCGAUUCAAACUUCAUACCGUUGUCGCCUUCCAGUUCGACAGCACUACAUCAAAAGAAGAGCAAGAGCGAUCACUCGCUCUCUACAAGGAACAAAUCUCCAAGACAUUAG